AUGAGCUCCACAUGCAGCUACAAACUACAAACAGUGUGGCCCAACGUUAUACUAAUGUCCUUGUAUCAUUAUUUUGCCGUACUAGGACUAUAUUACAUACUUAGCCUAAAUCUAAGAUGGCAAACCUUUUUGUUUCUUUUACUACUAGAACAGGUAGGAGUUCUAGGAACCACUACGGGUGCCCACAGGUUAUGGAGCCACAAAUCCUACAAGGCCAAACUCCCCCUCAGAAUCAUCUUAUGUCUCUUUCAAACUAUAGCUUUCCAAAAUAGCAUCUUCGAGUGGUGCCGUGACCACCGGGCACACCACAAAUUCACAGACACCGACGCCGACCCGCACAACAUCAACAAGGGCUUCUUCUUCGCCCAUAUGGGGUGGCUGAUGGUACGAAAGCACCCAGACGUCAUCAGACUUGGCAAAACCGUGGACAUGAGCGACCUGGAAGCUGACUCGGUCGUACGAUUCCAAAAAAAGUUUUACGGAAUUCUGGCACCAGUUAUGUGCUUUUUGGUGCCAACGGUGGUACCUUGGUACCUUUGGAACGAGAAUUUGUACGUAGCGUUUUGCACAGCUGGGAUGUUUCGUUAUGUACUUAGUCUGCAUUUUACUUGGAUGGUUAACAGUGUAGCUCAUACUUGGGGUACUAGGCCAUACGACAGGUCUAUUAAAGCUUCAGAAAACAAAUUGGUGUCAUCGUUGACUUGGGGCGAAGGUUGGCAUAACUACCAUCAUGUGUUCCCGUGGGACUACAAAGCAGCAGAGCUGGGGACGGUUGAUAAUUGGUCUGUGGUUUUUAUUGAAAUCAUGGCCAAAAUUGGGUGGGCCUAUAAUUUAAGAACUGUCUCAGCUGGAAUGGUACAGGGAAGAAGAGAAAAAACUGGUACUGAUUUCGACUCGUCACACUGGUAA